AUGAAUCUUCUAAUUGAACAACGUCCAACAACAAUAACGUCUAAAAUCCAACAAAAACAAAAACAACAACAACAAUCAAAUUCAAAUGAUGUUAAUAAUAAUCUAUCAUCAUCACCGCUUAUACUUAAAAUAAAACGUCAAACGACAAAACAACAAAUCAAUCAUAGUUCAACUUCAUUAUCAAUGGCUAACGACGAUACUAAAAAUAAUAAUUCUCGUUUAACAACAACAACAACAACACAUAAUCAACGUUUAAAACGUCCUAUUACAAAUCAAACAACACGUCGAUCAUCUUCACCUGCAUUUAAUAGUAAACAACAACAACAACAACAAGCAACAAAACGUUCUGUAACAAUUGAUAAUAAUAAUAAUGAUUUAAAUCCAAAUAUUGAUGAUCUAUCAUCAAAAAAACGAUUUAAACAAGAUGAUUUAAAUCAAUCAUCAACAACAACAACAACUAAAGUGGAUGCUAGUGUUGAAACAGUCUCUAUUGGUUUGGCUACUGAGCCUGAUCAACUUGGUCCCUGUGAGCCUGGUACCAGCGUGAUUUUAGAAGGCAUCGUUUGGAAUGAAACUGACAGUGGUGUACUUGUUGUAAAUGUAACAUGGCGAGGAAAAACUUAUGUAGGUACAUUAUUAGAUUCAACUAAACAAGAUUGGGCUUGUCCGAGAUUAACAUGUGAAUCACCGACUAGUGAUUAUGAUGUUCGUAAUAGUAGUAAAACUAGUCGUGCAAAACGUUCGAAUAUAAGUGGAAAUAAUCGAUAUUCAAAUUAUCAAACAAUAUCAUCAUCAUUUCAACAAUUAUCAUCAAAUACAUUUAAUACAGGAUGUGAUGAUCGUAAACUACGUAAUAAUAUUAAAUCUCGACAAUCAAAACGUUUACAAUUAAAUACAAUUGAUGAUUUAUCAACAAUAAAUAAUUCAUCAUCAAUAAUAUCACCAUAUAUUUCAUCAACUAAUAAUGAUAUACAAUUAAUAUCAUGUCCUGAAUUACAAUGUCAUAAACAAUUUAUAUCAAAUAUAGCAUUACAAUAUCAUUUAAGUAAUGCACAUAAAAAAAUUGAUUCAUUAUCAUCAUCAUCAUCAUCAUCAACAAUAUCAAUACAACAAGCUAAUACACGUGAUGAAGAAGAUGUUGCACAUAUUCUUGCUAAUGUUGCUGAUUAUGUACGACGACCAUCACCUGAACAUCAACGUCAAACAACAUUAACAUGGCCAUGUCCACAAAUUUCAUCAAAUCUUGUUCGAUCAUCACCAUUAAAUAAUAAUGAACAAAUAUCUAUUCAUUUAUCAACAAAUCCAACGAGAUGUAUUCUUAAUAAUAAUGAAAUAAAUACUGAUCAAGAUGAAAUAAAAUCUACAUUAAAAUCAACUGAUCAUUUUUUAUUACAUAUGCAAGAUGAAUCAUCAUCAUGGACAAAUUUAAAAAUUGAUCAAACUCAUACUAAUAAAAAAUCUGUAAAAAUUCCUACACCACCACCACCAUCAUCAUCAUCAUUUGUUCCAAUAAAUAAUUUAACAUCAACUAUUCAAACUUUACCAAUAAUAUCAUCAUCACCAGCUUAUUCUGAUAUAUCAGAUGAAGAAUCAAUAACAACAACAACAACAAAUGAAAAUGAACAAAAAUCACCAUCAACAAUAAAUUUAUUAACAGCAACUAAUGGAAAAUUUGAUGAAAAUGAUCAAACAUUAAUUUCUAAUUCAACAUGGACAACAACACAAAUGCUUUUACAACAAUAUGGUCCUUAUAUGCAACAACAAACAUUUAUUGAUAAAGAUUUAACAUCAAAUCGUUUGAACAGUAGUAAAACAAAUUCAAAUAGUAGUACCAGUGAUUCAACUGUAAAAAAUAUUCUUGAUUCACGACGUUUAUCAACAACAAAAUCAUCUCCUUCAUCAUCAACAACAAGCAUAACAAAUGAUUCAAAUACAUUAUUAAAUGAUUAUCAAAAAACUUUAUAUCAUUAUCAUACAAAUGGUAUAAUUAAUGAUACAAAAUUAUCAACAACAACAACAAUAGUUAAUUCUUUAACAUCACCUAAUGAAAAUUUAUUAAAUUUAUCAACAACAAAUCCAUUAGAUUAUUCAUUACAUAAUACAUCUUCAUCUACAAUACAUCCGUCUCGGUGA